AUGCCGUUCCUAGCGCAAGAAUACGUCCGCAUACCGAACAAUGACUUGAUGUCUUGGAUGUUCGAUGAGCAGAAAUACAAUCUUGAUCAGCCGGUUUACAUAGAUGCAGCGCAACCUCAUCGAACGAUUUCUUCUCGUCAGGCCAGAAGUAUAGCAAGAAAACUAUGUGCGGGUUUUCAAGCAGCAGGUCUCCAGAAAGGAGACUGCGUGUGUCUCCUCUCGUUCAAUGAUAUUAUGUGUUCGAUGGCAUUUCUCGGAGUCCUAGCUUUCGGUGGUACAUUCGCUGGCACCAACCCGUCUCACACAGCAUUUGAAUUAGCGCAUGCAUUUAAGGUCGCCAACGUUAGGGGACUUGUAGUAGAGCCCGAACUCUUGCCCAAUGCGUUGAAAGCAGCAAAGGAGGCCGGAAUUCCCUGGUCAAGAAUAUUCGUUUUCGAUCAUCACACCCCUUUAGCAUCCCCGUACGACCGAAAAGAAGGCUGGUCUGUAACCUCAAGUCUGAAGGGACCAGGAGGUGAGCUGAAGAGUUGGAGGUCUUUAAUGCAAUAUGGAGAGCAGGGUUGGGAGAGUUGGGACGAUGAAAGAAGGAGCAAGCAAACCACAGCCGCAAGACUGUUCAGUAGUGGCACGACUGGACUGCCAAAGGCAGUGGAUAUGACGCACCACAACCUUAUAACGCAGCAUACGCUGGUCUACGACUACAAGCCACGUGGCUACGAGCUCUCAAGACUACUCUGCACACCCCUCUUCCAUGUCUCCAACGUCCCACGCGCGUACACUUCACCCCUCCGUUCCGGCUCGAAAACCUACAUCAUGCGGCGCUUUGACCUCGAGCCCUUCCUACAGAACAUGGAGCGCUUCAAGAUCACCGAGCUCAACAUGGUCCCACCUAUGGUCAUCCAAAUCAUCAAUUCCCCACUCUCGAAAAAGUACUCACUCAAAGCUGUGAAAAACGGAGGCUGCGGCGCCGCACCCCUAGCCGCAGAGCCCCAAGCACGGAUGAAAGCGCUUCUCAGCCCGGACGCUGUGUUCAACCAGGUCUGGGGCAUGAGCGAAACGAGCUGUAUUGCAACAAUGAUACACUUCCCCGAGCAUGAUCCUACAGGCUCCGUUGGUCGAUUUCUGCCUAACCACGAUUCAAAGCUUGUUGAUGAGGACGGCAACGACAUCACGGACUACGACGUCGCGGGCGAGCUGUGCGUUCGCGGCCCCCUGAUUGUGAAGGGCUACUACAACAACGCGGACGCGAACCGCACGUCGUUCGACGCCGAGGGGUAUUUUCACACGGGAGAUGUCGCACUUCGUAAGCGCGAGAAUGAGCUGUGGUACAUUGUGGAUCGCAAGAAGGAGCUCAUCAAGGUGCGAGGCUUUCAGUGCGCACCGGCGGAACUUGAAGGCGUGCUAUUAUCGCACCCGGACAUCAGUGACGCUGGUGUCAUCGGUAUACCCGCUGGUGGCUUUGGAUCGAGCGCCGGGGAGCAGGGCAGCGAAGUCCCGAGAGCAUACGUUGUGCGGAAGCAAGGCACGAGGCUGGAUGAGAGCGAGGUGCAGAGAUGGAUGAAGGAGCGGCUGGCAGGCUACAAGCAGCUGGUGGGAGGUGUGAAGUUUGUGGAUGUGAUUCCGAAGAACGCUAGCGGGAAGAUAUUGAAAGGUGAGUUGAGGGAGAUGGCGAAGAGAGAGGUGGGCGCGAAGCUGUAG